AUGUGGAGGCGGGUUUUGCUAGAGGGGCUUCUCAGCCCUCACACAAACACAGUCCUAGGCGGAUCGUCCGGCUCGUCUCCUGCGUUCGGACUGUCGUGCAUCAUCUGGCGUCGUAGCAUGGAACUGAAUUCUGGUGAAGCGGCCAGCCUCUCAAGAUCGACAGGGCUAAGAUCGCCGAGAACCUUCUCAAGAUCUUGUGUGCUUACUUCAGAUUCAUCUGUGGCAUUCAUGAUAUGUUCCAUAAUCUCUUCCUUUUUCUUGACAUCUUCCGCGCUCCCUUGCUCUUCGGAAAAUACCCAGUCUCCUGAGUCUGCGUCGUAUUGA